GCCAAGUAUUCAUAUUUCUCGGGCCGGGUCCAAUUUACUAGUGUACGGACUACAUUUUAUUUUUGUAUCUUCCUUUGAAAAAAAUCAUUAGAUCUGAGCUCCCAUUUGGCAGAUCCGCAGUGAUGGAUUCCGAACAACAGCCGCCGAAAGUGUAUCUCCACCCCCGGCGGGAGGCCUUCGAGCACGGCCUCCUUCCCAUCCCCAAGCUCAUCUUCACAGAUGGCCUGCAAAGUCUGUCCCAUAUCAAAUCCGACAUUCUCUCAUCCACUCCUAACCACCGAGUUAACUCCGAAACCUUAUCCCGCGUCCUUCAAAUCCCCCCCGACCAUUCGCGCCUUCUCAUCGAAACCAUAUCCGUUGUCCUGCAUCGCGACUCCGAUCCCCUUCUCAAGGCUACCACUCCCCAAGAGAUGGAUAAAGCAGGGGUCAAUGUCUUUGAUUUGCUUCUCUUUCUCUACAUACAGAAUUACAAGAGGUUGCUCCCCAAAAGCCACAAGGAUUCUGCUGCUGUCGCUGAUGUUUGGCCCUCUACGUCGGCUUUCGAUGGAAUUUUAUCCGUACUCUCGCCAUUGCAGCUGGUGCGGAGCAACAGCCGUAGGUUUGUGCCAUCCCAAGGUGACGAAGAGGCUCAUCAGUUAUCGUAUCUACAUAAGCACAUCGGCAACAUUCUUUGCCUCUUGGCAGAUUCUGUAGAUGGGAAAGGGAAUAAGGAAGGUGAAGCAGAAGAGGAAGGUUAUGAAUCUAUGGUGUUAUCUGUGGAUAAGUUCGAACAUCUUGGCUUUCUGCUCUUAUUUGGAGAUAAUGGAUCUCAGAGAUUUCCCUUAAGCCAGAAUACUCCAUUUUUUGCGAAUUCAGAUCCCAACAUGCCUGCAUCUCCUGUUCCUGCACCACUCGUUCUAGAUUGGCUUCUUGAGAACAUAUCCUCUGCCCAGGAACAUAUUUCUGAGAGGUCUACAAAAGAAAAUGGGCCUAGUAGUUCUUCUGAUCAGGAUGUUGCAAUGGCUGAUGCAGCCGCAAGCUCUGCAAAGCCCUCAAGCAGCAUCAGAGGUCCAAGUUUGAUUGAGGGGGUCUCUAAAUCAUCAUGCGUAAAGCAGACAUCUGAUAUUAAGGGCACAUCUGUUAAGGUAGUAAAUUGCCAUGAAUCAGUAAUUUACAUCAUGGCGCCUGUGAAAUAUGCAACAGUCUAUGGAUGUUCUGAUGCAACUAUUGUCCUUGGAGCUGUUGGCAAGGCUGUUAGAGUUGAACACUGUGAACGUGUUCAUCUUAUCAGUACAACCAAGCGUAUCUGCAUUGCGAACUGCCGUGAAUGUGUAUUCUUCUUAGGGGUUAAUCAGAAACCCCUCAUUGUUGGUGAUAAUCACAAGUUGCAGGUGGCCCCUUAUAACACAUUCUACCCACAACUGGAGGAGCACAUGAAUCAAGUUGGAAUUGAUCCAAAAGUGAACAAUUGGGAUAAACUUAUGAUUCUUGGGGUGAUUGACCCGCAUGAUUCGUUAUCUCAUCCGGCUGGUGGCUCAGAUAUCCAAUCUGAAUCUGCCACAUGCCUUGAUCCAGAUCACUAUACCAAUUUUGUGAUUCCAAGCUCAUUGGUGAGUGAACAAGCUGGUUCGACAAAUGAUAACCCAUUCCCUUUACCUGAUCCUUACCUUGCAUCACAACAGAAAAAUCAUAAAAGUUUAGAAGAAGUUAAGCAACUUCUGAGGGAUACUAAACUUGACGAUACCCAGAAACGCGAAUUAUCAGGCGCACUCCAUUCUUGUUUCAAAGAAUGGUUAUUUGCAUCUGGAAACGUUCGACAGCUUUACUACUUACCGGGCGAAUAAGAGCACAUGCUGUAGGAAGAUCAAAAUUAAGCAAGAAUGAAGUGAAAUUUCCUACUACAUUUUCCCCCUUUAAAUUAAUAUUUAGGUGAUUCAAGUUCCGUUUUUGUUGAUCUGGAGGCUGAUGGGGCUUUGACGCGGCCGAGUUCGCUAACGAAUCAUGUUGUAGGUUCAAUAUAAUUGUUGGCAAAUUCUAACUACAAGAAAAGUGCAAAAAUGUAAAAAGUUAGUAUUUUUUUUCGGGGCUCUUAGAAGCUACUGUAAAACUGCAGAUUCUGCUUUGAUAAUUACACCAAAUAAUCUAUUUCCUUGUGGUGUUCAAAUA